AUGAGACUGGUACUUCCUAACCCAGGACUGGAAGACCGGAUUUUCAGCCAUGAAGAUCUGGAGAGGAUGGAAAAGGAGGAGGCUGAGGACAGACCUAAGUGGGACAACAAAGCCCAGUACAUAUUAACAUGUGUGGGUUACUGCAUUGGGAUUGGCAAUGUGUGGCGGUUUCCUUACUUGUGUCAAAGUCACGGAGGAGGUGCCUUUCUGAUCCCCUACCUGAUCCUGCUGAUAUUUGAAGGAACGCCUCUCCUGCUGCUGGAGUUUGCCAUCGGCCAGCGUCUCAGGAAAGGCAGUGUGGGGGUUUGGAGGGCCAUCAACCCCUACCUAACUGGUGUUGGAAUCGCCUCCAUGCUGGUCUCUUUACUAAUUCUAAUGUACUACAACACCUUAAUAGCCUGGAUCCUGUGGUAUUUCUUCAACUCCUUUCAAGACCCGCUGCCUUGGGCCCAGUGUCCUCUCAAUGAAAAUAGGACAGAAUUUGUAUCAGAGUGUCAACGCAGCACCACUGUGGAUUAUUACUUUUACCGAGUGACCUUGAACAGUUCGCCUUCCAUAGCUGAGUCUGGAGGACUCCAGUGGCAGAUAGUGCUCUGUCUGUUAGCUGCCUGGACAGUCAUCUGUAUCUGCUAUAUACGGGGGAUCAGUACUUCAGGAAAGACAGUCUACGUCACAGCCAUCCUGCCUUACAUAGUGCUGGCCAUCUUCCUGAUCCGAGGACUUACGCUCAAAGGCUCCCUGACUGGACUAAAGUACCUCUUUACACCAGAUGUGGACGAGUUGAUGAAUCCACAAACUUGGCUGGAUGCAGGUUCCCAGGUCUUUUACGCCUUUGGCAUAGCAUGGGGAGGACUCAUCUCCUUCUCAAGCUACAACCCUGUCCACAACAACUGCACCCAAGACGCUGUGAUGCUGUCCAUUAUAACUGGCCUCACUUCAAUCUAUGCUGCCGCAGUCACCUAUACCAUCAUUGGCUUCAGGGCUACUGAGAACUAUGAAAACUGUAUCAGUGAAAACAUCAAGAUACUGGUGAAUGCAUUUAAUCUUCCUGAGGACAGCAUCACUACAAGCAACUACGAUACAGCCUUGAAUCACCUGAACAGCUCCUCUCCUGAUAUUAUUCUCGUACUGGAUUUCAAAACCUGUGACAUGCAGAAACUUCUCAGUGAGGGAGUGGAGGGAACAGGUUUAGCCUUCAUUGUUUUUACAGAAGCUAUAACCAAGAUGCCUGGUUCCCAGGUCUGGUCUGUCCUCUUCUUCAUCAUGCUUCUCUGUCUGGGAGUCUCAUCUCUGAUUGGGACCAUUGAGGGAGUGGUGGUCCCCUUGAAAGACUUGAAUGUAUUUCCUAAAAAGUGGCCCCAAGAAGCGCUGACUGGGGUCACAUGUGCUGUCAUCUUCAUCAUAAGCCUCAUGUUCGCACAGCAAUCAGGAAUUUAUUGGGUAACUCUGUUCGAUACCUUUGGUGGAUCUGUUUCACUGCUGGCCAUUGGAUUCCUUGAGACAUUAACUGUUGCUUACAUCUAUGGUAUAGACAGGUUCAACAAGGACAUAAAGUUCAUGGUUGGUCAUAAGCCCUCCAACUUCUGGCAGAUUUCGUGGCAGUUCACCAGUCCUCUAAUCAUCCUGGUUAUCUUAGCUUUCUACCUGGUGUCUGAAGCCCAACAAGAACUCACCUAUUUAGUAUGGGACCCCGACUCUGAUCAGUUUCCAUCUCUGGCAUCGGUGCCUUACCCCUCAUGGGUCUAUGCAGUCAUCUUUCUUUUGGCGGGAGUUCCCAUUCUGGCAGUACCUCUGUAUGCAUUAUGGAGGCUGGUCACAGUGAGCUGCAGAAAAAAAUAUCAUGCAGAGAGCAUGAAAGCAUCCACUUUCUGACUUAAAAUGUCUUCGAUAAAACUCUGUUACUUACUUUAGAAUGUGCAGAUCUAUGUAUCAGGCUGCACAGUAGCUUGGUAAGCACUUUCACCUUGUGGUUAGAAGAUACCCGGUCCAUAUCCUGGUCUUCCUGGGAUCUUUCUGCAUGGAGUUUGCCCCCCACCCCCCAUCUCCUCUCUCUCCAAUCACCCCUCAUCACUCAUUGCUGCUCGAGCACACCAGCUCACCCAUGACUGCUACUCAAUGCUACAAAAUGACAAGUUGGAAUUUUGGACUAAUUCAUUAAAACAUGUUUUAAAUUCAUUCUGCAGAACAAUAACUGCCUAUUUUGCUCAUGAUGUAUCUUCCAGCAUAUAAAAAACAAUAUAUAGACAUGUUACCAAGGUAGAAACAUUUGAAUUCUAAUGUUUUGUUUACUAGUACUCAUAUUUCUGUUUUCUAUCCAGACAUGUUUUAUGGACGCUAAUCCUGUUAAAAGAGAGGUUAUCCUCCAUUUAUAGCUUUGCUGUUGACAUCAUGUUUGUUUCUGUGACAUUAAAUUUGGCUUCUGCAACAAAUAAUAUUAAAGGGUUUUAAACACAAUAA